AUGGCACCCCUAUGCGAACCUUUGUGUCAUUUCGGUGGCAGGCUGUACUUUACCUCAUUCAUGGACCCUCCCAAGCCUGAUGUCCUCAAUUCCCUCCUGGAUCAUGAUCCUGAGGAUGCGCCACCCUUACGCGAUAUUGGGUCCUUCAUACCAGAUCGCGACGCGAAGUACUACUACUUCACGAUGGACGACCAGCUGCUCUACGUGUCAUUCUUCCAAGACUGGGGCCCGCUGAACCUGGCAAUGGUAUACAAAGCAUGUAUCCUCAUUCAUGAGCUGCUACAGGACGAGACCUUGGCUAACCACCGGCUCGUCCUCUAUUCAUCCAGUGAUCCUCGACGGAAGGCGAACGCCGCAUUGCUGAUGGCACUCUACGUUAUGAUCGUGCAACAACGGCCUCCAUGGGAAGCCUUCCAUCCAAUAGCCGAGAUCGAGUUCAUGCCGUUCCGAGAUGCCGGUAGAGGCCGCUCGGACUUCAACCUCAGCAUACAAGACUGUCUCUGGGGCAUCUACAAGGCAAUGCAAAACGGCCUCUGUGAUAUGAAUGAAUUCGACGUUGAAGAAUACGAGUACUAUGAGAAAGUUGAAAACGGAGAUUGGAACUGGAUCACUCCAAACUUCAUAGCGUUUGCCUCUCCUGUGGACCUGGCUUGGGUCCGAAAGGAGAAAGAACGGGAGCAGUCGAACUCUGGUAACGCAAUCGCUUCUACACCAAAACGGGCACCGGCCCUGCAACAACGGGCACCGGCCCUGCAACGACGGCUGCCUGUUCCAUUCCUGAACUGCUUGGACUACUUUCAGAAGGCUAAUGUCAAAAUCGUAGUACGGCUAAACCACCCCUUAUAUGACCGACAGGAAUUCCUAGACCGAGGCAUCAAUCACCACGAGCUGUAUUUUGAUGACGGGACAAACCCAACUGACGAGAUUGUCAGAAAGUUCCUCAACAUCGCUGAUGAAGUCGUUGAGGCAGGUGGUGUUGUAGGCAUCCAUUGCAAAGCUGGCUUGGGUCGCACAGGUACACUGGUCGGUGCAUACCUCAUCUGGAAAUACGGCUUCACUGCAUCUGAGGCAAUCGCCUUCAUGCGCAUUGCUCGUCCGGGCUGUGUCGUCGGGCCACAACAGCAGUAUCUCUACCUCAAGCAGCUCGAGUUUUGCAAAUGGUCUGUCUAUGAUGAGAUGAAGAAGUUGCAGGUUCCUCCUGUGGCACCUGCUGCCGUCGCUGCAGUGAUGGUUCCAGCAACGCCACCUGCAGAGCCUGAAGACCGUAUGGAUGUGGUGGAAGAGGAGCCCGCUGCCACCGUAGCAUCUGUGGCCGUCGUCCCUUCCGCGCCACUCCCGGUUCCGCCAGUUACUCCCAGUCGCCACGUUGCGCGUGCUGCAGCGCAAGCGAGUGAGAUUGCACCACCCGCACAGCCGCGCAAGACGCCCACAGGGAAACGCGUCGCCUCGGACUCCGACGGGGACGAGGAGGACGACGUGCUUCCUGCUCUCAAUGUCACACCGACAGCCAUGCGACGGGUCAAAGCGAAGCCUGCGUCUGCGAGAGCACCUGUGAACCGCGGGAGCGCCUCUGAGCGCACGACGCGGAUCACACGGUCGGUUGCUGGCGUCGCCGCUCGCACGACGAGGCAGUCGGCUGUACUGGCAACGACAAAGCCGGUCAAGGUGGACGGAAAGUCCCCUGCCAAAAUCCCAAGACUUGCUAACGGCCCGAGCGCAAGAAGUGCCGCAGCGCGGAAGCCUGCCGUGCCACCCACCACGCGCGUGCUUCGGUGCCCUCCAUCUCCGCCGCCCUCUCGCCUGCCCACCCUUGUGGCGAAGCGUGCGCAUGCCAACUCCAUGAAUUCCAUGCAGGCCGUACCGACAGUGGCCGCAGCAGCAGUUAAGUCGGCCACGGCCGUGGCCGACGCAUGGAUGACGAACAACGCAGCCGCAGUAGUCGUCCCUGGGUCUAACUCUGCACGACCGAACCUGCGGAGGGUGCGUCGCAGACGAAGUAGCUUCAAUGAGGCAGACGUUGUCGCAUGA